GUGCUGGAAAGAGUUUGUUGUGUUGGAGUACAAAAAGUGUCGCUUAGUGUCAUCUAAAAGAUUUUCACUGUCAUGACUGAAUAUUUAUCUGAUGUUAACAACGUGGAAAAGUCUGUGAAAUUUCAGAGCAAAGCUUGUCCUUGAGUUAGAUUUGGUCCCACACACUAACAAACAGACCAGAAAUGUUUAAUUUUUCUGUAGGGAUCCUUUUCAUAAUGUCGUCAGAUGCUUACAACGGAAAUCUGAGCCUGUCAGUGGCAAAAAUAAGCACUAAUAUAACUAAAUACAGACUCAAGGUAAAUUACUUAAGUUUGAGAACAAAAAAUAAAUAACUGAGGAUUGACUUACUCACACUUUUUCUGCAUCUUUCAACCAUAUUUCAGCAGUGGUUGCAUGCAGGUGAACUUUGAAUUCUUGUUUGCUAUCUUUUAAGUCAAGAAUUAGUGUUUCUGUUUUUUUGUCCACCCCUGUAUGUCAGUGUUAAUGUGCUGUUAAGUUACCUUUUUGGGAAUAAGAAUACAUUAUUUUUAUAAACCUCACAAACUGCUUGAUGUUUCUGCAUCUUGAACAUAACGUGUGAAAUCUGCCUUUACCUGAAGCGACCUUAUUAUGUGACCAUUUGUAAACAAUGGCUCAAAUUUAAUUCCCAAAUCUUAAAGGGACCUAAAUUAAGACGUUAGCUUCAGGUUCAUUGUUUUCAUAUUGUUUUCACAUUGUUUAGAGAAGCGGGAUUACUCCGCUUAGCCUCCAGAAGUGGGGCCUCGUUCCUCGGUUGGACGAUUUCCACUAAAAUCCACAGAGGCACACAUUAUUUGUCAGCAUUCAGUUUUCAAAGAGCCCAUUUUCCCCCCCUCAUGAGAAAUACCAAAAAACACAAGGUCUGUGAGCACAGCCCUGCUUGGUUCUUGUUGGCCUGAAACUCCUCCCUGGAUCACAUGUAAGAAGGGGGAAAGGUUCAGGAUGUGUUAUCGCAUCAUGAUAGUGACUGUUUUAUUCAAACAGGACAAGUUGAGCGACAUCUGAAUGGGCGUUGGCAACUCCUGCAGAUAGACUGGUAAAGUUGAGCACUCAGCUGCACAAUGGCUGACUGGGACUAUGACUAUCUGAUCAAGCUGCUGGCACUCGGGGACUCGGGGGUGGGAAAGACCACCUUCCUCUACAGGUACACCGACAACAAGUUCAGCCGAAAGUUCACAACCACAGUGGGCAUCGACUUCAGGGAAAAGAGAGUGAUGUACACAGGGAAAGGUGCUGAUGGUUCGAGUGAGAAGAACUUCAAAGUCCACCUUCAGCUUUGGGACACAGCAGGACAAGAGAGGUUCCGCAGCCUCACCACAGCUUUUUUCAGAGACGCCAUGGGCUUCCUGCUGAUGUUCGACUUGACCAAUCAGCAAAGUUUCCUCAAUGUCAGGAACUGGAUGAGUCAGCUACAGGCCAACGCGUACUGCGAUAGUCCAGACAUCGUGCUGGUGGGCACCAAGGCGGACCUCUGGGAUGUGAGGGAUGUUCAUGCCAGACAGGCCAGAGAUCUGGCAGACAGAUAUGGCAUCCCCUACUUUGAGACAAGUGCAGUGACGGGUGCUGAGGUGGACAACGCCGUGACCACCCUGCUGGAACUGGUGAUGAAGAGGAUGGAGCAGAGCACUCAUUUAGGCCACAGCUCUGAAAUCAACGGAAGCCCCGUCACCAGCCAUGAGGUGGAGGAGGCUCCCGCCAGGAGGUGGUGUGCUUGCUGAUGCUACUGCCAGCUGCCACUCUUCUCACAUUGGCCCCAAGUAACACUGAGUUUCUAAGAUGCCGCACCAGAAGGAAAUGUUGGCACUGUACGUUUGUGCAAACCAUGAAUACAUUACAUUUGUAUGUUUCAUAUAUAUCAGUGUUUCUAAAGUGACGUAGUGUAUGAGCUGACUUUGCAUUCGGGAGGUGGAGGGGAUGAUGGAUUGCAUGCCACCUAGGCAAGAUGCCUGCCAAGCUGCAGACUACCAUUUGAGACCAACAAAUAGCAAGUCAUCGUUGUGUUUCUGGUGGCUUUUAAGCUACCAGACGUGGGUGGAUUUUAGCAUUUUUUCGCUGUGUCCUGCCGGGAUAGUGCCACAAAAAGCAGCUGUUUUCUACAGAGGGAUCGACGGCUUCUCCAGCCAUGAUUACAAGAUCUUUCCUGCCCAUAAACAAGUAGUUUUUGUGCCUAAACGUAUCCACAUUGUAACCACAGCUUUGUGAAAAUGCAAACAACCAUGAUGUUCUAACAUAUCCACUACAUAGUGAUAUACAAAUGUAUCUGUGGUUUGCAUAAUCGUACAAUGCCAUCAUUUUUUUCUGGUGAUUGGGUUGGUUUUCUGGAAUGCAUGCUGGAUGAGGCAGAAGAUCGUAAAAUCAACUAAAAAUAUGAUCCAUACUUGAGCGGGAAUGUGGCCUGAUAUUGUUUUUGCAGCGUGAAUUCCGCUCUUAACAUAUACUGCCUGUAAUGUUAUAUAUUCACAGCCUGUGCAUUGUGAGAAGUAAGAAGGAGGAGAUAGAGCACAAGAAGUUAAAAAUGUAUAUAGUAAGUGAAUAUAGGUACUGAUGUAAAAACUGGGAUGUUUUAAAGACACCAAGUGGUUGUGAUUUAGCAACAAAAAAAGGCUAAUUAUCAUCUUCAAUGGGUCAUAUCAGAGAAAAAUACUGUUUUUAUUUGACACAUUGAGGCAUUGAUGGAAGGAAUAUGCAGGCACAUAACGUAUAUUUAUCAUGGAGUAUAAUCAAAAAACAUUUAAGACAUGGUUACAUUUUUUAUAUGGAUGAUCGUUUUUGUUAGAACAACCAAGAUAGCAAAGUCACUUAACAUGAUUUAUGACUUUCAUACGACAUGUACAUAAGCAGCCAAGCUUUUCUAUGCGUUAUGGAACAGAGUUGCCAUGCAGAUCGAACACAAGUACAAGAAUGUUAAAGGGUUGUUGGAACGAAUCCUGUACAGUGCUGUGUUUGGAAUAAAGACAUUUUAUGUUUAGGUUAUGUAUAUGUCAUUGUUGUUUGAAUGUAAUGCACAGAAAGCUAUACUGUUGUUCUGACUUGAAACACAAUCCUCACGAACUCUGUUAGCAUCAUUAUUGUUAACUCACAUUCUACACAUUGACUUUGAUCAAAUUAAAGGGUAACUUUGGUAUCUUUUA